UGUGGGUGCGGGCUAACGGUGUUGCUCCAUCAGUGUGAAGCUGCUCUAGCACAGAAGAGGGGGGUUGUUUAUUUUUAAUAUGUACUUGUGAGUAGCACUGAAGAGUUCUGUGACAGAACUCUGGAAUUUCACUCUGAGCCUCCCUCGUUCUUUUGCUGCAGUUGCAGCCUGAGAUUUUUGUCUGCUGCUAGAAAACUCCACAGCUAGAGAUAAAUACUGGUGUGUAUCCUCAUUGCUGCUAACAGAGGUGGAAGCUGGGUCAGGGUUGUAGAAUGGAACUUCUGGAUAAAACAAUCAAUAGCUACCUUGAUGUUUGGCUUGGACCCAGAGAUCCCAGAGUAAAAGGAUGGCUUCUUCUGGAGAACUAUACACCUACCUUUAUCUUCUCAGUAUUGUACUUACUAAUCGUAUGGCUAGGACCAAAGUACAUGCGGAAUAAGCAACCAUUCUCGUGCAGGGGUAUUCUAGUGGUCUACAACCUUGGACUUACACUGCUUUCUCUGUAUAUGUUUUAUGAGCUGGUGACGGGAGUAUGGGAAGGAGGAUACAAUUUCUUCUGUCAGGAUACACACAGUGGAGGAGAAGCUGAUAUGAAGAUCAUACGUGUCCUCUGGUGGUACUAUUUCUCCAAACUCAUUGAGUUCAUGGAUACCUUCUUUUUUAUUUUGCGGAAAAAUAAUCAUCAGAUCACUGUUCUGCAUGUCUACCACCAUGCAACUAUGCUGAACAUUUGGUGGUUUGUGAUGAACUGGGUGCCUUGUGGUCACUCUUAUUUUGGUGCCACACUGAACAGCUUUAUCCAUGUCCUCAUGUACUCCUACUAUGGAUUGUCUGCUAUUCCAGCAAUGCGUCCUUAUCUGUGGUGGAAGAAGUACAUCACUCAGGGGCAGCUGACUCAGUUUGUCCUGACAAUCUUCCAGACCAGCUGUGGUGUUGUUUGGCCAUGUGCAUUUCCUCAGGGAUGGCUGUAUUUCCAGAUUUCUUAUAUGAUUUCUUUGAUUAUCCUCUUCACAAAUUUCUAUAUUCAGACUUACAACAAGAAGUCAUCCUCGAGGAGGAAAGAGUAUCAGAACGGCUCUGCGGCCACCGCAAACGGGUACACAAACAGCUUUUCUUCCCUUGAGAACAAUGUGAAACAAAGGAAACAAAGGAAGGAUUGAAGACCAAACUGAAAAACCAUUUUGAUAACCCCAACAACAAAAUCAUCUGAUUGUAAGCACAAUAAGAGUUGUGCACUAAUACUCUUAACAGCUACUGUAACUAUUCCUGCCUAGAAUAGUGUGAUUUAUGUAGGACUUAACCAGUGCAAACACCCUAGAAACUGUAUACAGAACAUAAAAGUAGGUUAAAGUUUAAAAAUAAUUCUGGGCUGUCACUGACUCCGCUAUAGACUGUGGAAGGGAGUAUUUUCGUAGUAUCCCACACUGCUGUUGCCUUACUAGUCAAUAUGAUAGGUGCUGAAUUAUGAUUCACAAUUUGAAAACACUGUAAUGUAAACCUCCAUUUUUUUUACUGUAGAUCAUGCAUGUGAUUGUAGAGGUAAUUUGUACGAUGCUGGUUUCAGUAGAUAAACACACAUGCCUUAAAUUAAAAAGCAGGGCCCAAAGCUUAUUACUGAUUUAAAAAUUAGGGUAUGUUUCAACUUUUCAUUUGACUGACUUUUUAUUAAAAAGUCACUUAGAAGAAUCCAUUGAUCAUUUUACUGUUCUGUAUGUGAUACAUGAUGAUACGUAUCUCUUAUGCAAUACAGUGAAAUUGGAAAUGGCACAUUUAGUUUUGUAUAUUUGGCUUUAACUGAUUAAACAGUCACGAACCAGAUAGAAAAGGUAUUUUACCUUUUUAAUAGAUCUUAUUUUUUUAUUUGAAGUAUGUCACUAAUGUAAAAUGAAUUGGCGCUUACACAGUCCAGUAAGACUUAAAUAUUGUCUCUAAGGUUUAGAGUAUAUACAGGGUGGACCCAUCUUUUCUUUUCUCUUUCUUUCUUUUUUUUUUAAUUAUUUCUGAGAAUUCCUAAAUGCUAAAUGAAGAGUGGUUUUUAAUAUGGAAGCAGGCAGAAUUUCAAGUAUUAUUACCAUAGCCAUACCCACAUUUUAAGAGCUACUGUUUAAGUCUGUGACAUAUCUGAAAGAGUAUUUAAUAAUGAAGACAGAAAGAUGCUUUUCUGAUGGAAUUGUCUGAAUUUAAGUUGGUAUCUGUACUAUUCGUCAUGCAGCAUAUGUUCAUUUUUAAAAUGUGCCUAACACAAAUGUGGAUUUUUCCCAAACAAGCAAAAUCAAAUAGUCUAAGUCAUACCUAGUGUUUUUUAAAUGUUACUGAAAUGUGCUGGAAAUGUCUGUUACUGUAAUGUGAGUUGUGUGUAUCACCGGGAAUGUUUUGGCUUGUUUUAUGAGGAUUUGGUUUGAGUGCAUGUUAAAGUUAUUCCUCCUUGUAAAAUCUUGCAUUGCACAUCUGAAGAGUCAGUUACAAAGCCAAUAUCUGUUGCUGGUAUUCUGGUAUCUGCAGUGGUGGAGUGUGGCUUAUGAAUAUUUCAUUCAUUAAGCUCUGAAAAAUUGAAUUGCGCGAGACAUUCUGCUGAUCAUUGCUCCAUUUAAUUCUUUGGUUUUUGAUAUUUAUAUAAAUGCCAGUUUAAACAUGUUUAAUUUUUUUAAAAGAAAAUUAAAUCUUUUUAAAAAUUUUUGCACAUCUCUUAGGGAAUUAAUAAGUUGUCCUACUAGCCUCGUGGGUUUUCAUUCCUUUUUUUGAAGGAGACAGUGUCUAUUAUGUUUACAUUAUCAAAGCUUGUGCGUGUGUCUUCAUUUCUAGGUAUUGGUUUGCAGAGUCUUUACAUAGCUCAGUACAGCAGCUAUAAUGUUCAAAUUAGGCUGUCUAAAUGUGCUAGAAAUAAACCCUUGGCUCAUCUGAAUAUACCUAUAUCGUUAAUGUUUGACAUGGUUUAAUCAUUAAAACACUUUUGAUGA